AUGUUUGUGUUUUUUGUAAUAUUCAUAUCGGCUUCUUUUUUUAUUUCGGAAGGUCAAUCUCUAUCACCUCCUGCAUCGUUUGAUUACGACGAACCGAUAUAUGAAAACGAUAAUUCAAGAUUGACUUCAUCGUUUUCAUCAGCAAGUUCUUCUUCGCAGUCGUCAUCGUCGUCGUCAUCAUCGUCAUUUGCAUAUACAAGCAGCUCAUCUUCGUCACCGGAUUCGCCAAGUGAAAGUUUGUGCGAUUGCACACCAACUUGUUCCACACCAAACCCUCCGAAUUGUCCUCAAACUUUGUCGUCGACACCUGAUCCCUGUAAAUGCGAAUCGGGAUACAUUUUGUCAGAGAAAGGAGGCCAAUGUGUUAAAAUCGAGGAGUGUAAAAAAUAUUCAAAAUGCAACGGCGAUCGUAACGCAUCCUAUACAGCAUGCCCAAGGCAAUGUGUCUCAACCUGCUCUAACCCAAAUGGCACUUGUAAGCCACAAUGUGAGAACUAUGGAUGCCAAUGCAAUCCCCUUUACGUUCUCUCCGAGGAAGGACAAUGUAUUUCACCAGACGACUGUCCAGGUGGUAACCCGUGUGGUCAAAACAAAACGUUUGUGUAUUGUAACGCUGGAUGUCCAAGAAAUUAUUGUCCAGAAAAUGACAAUCGGGGAUUUAUUGCGUGUUCUCCUCCAUACCCAUGUCCGUCUGGCUGUUUUUGCAAAGCGAAUUACAAAAUCCUUAGCCUGACAGAUAACAGAUGCAUCUUAGCUUCUGAAUGUCCACCAGUGAACUGUACACGACCCAACGAAGUAUGGAAUUCUUGUCCACCGCCAUGUUUUUCUGAGAGUUGCCGAGGUCUCAGUCAGCCACCACAAGAAUGUAUAAGAUCUGGUCCAGAUUGUCAGCCUCAAUGCGUAUGUAAAGAUGGUUAUCGCAGAAAUGAUGAUGACGUUUGUGUACCAGUAACUGAUUGCGGCUGUCCAGUAAAUGAAGAGUUUUACACAUGUUCUCUCGCAAAAUGUGGCAAGACUUGUGAAGAUUUGAUAAAUCCACCGCCGUGUCCAAGUAUUUCUAGUGACUGCUUCUUACCAUCAUGCGAGUGUAAAGAUGGUUACUUGAGAAACAAAAAUGGCAUCUGUGUACCUUAUUCAGAAUGUUGAAUUUCAAAUAAAAAAUAUAUCAACAUUUA